AAACAAGUACGCAUCAUCUCUUGGCACUCGGAAGGUCGUUCUAGAAUUGUUUCCGCCGCCUGCCGCUCAAGCGCCCCUCUUACUCGAGUCAACCACGGCGGGGUGGUGUGAAACAAGCACUUUGUGUACGUCCCACCUUCCGAAAGAUUUCAUUGCACCAUCAACUCUCAAUCACACAUUUGGAAGUGGGAAUCGCUGUCUCGGAGUGGUCUACGGAGUGCAUGAUGCCACGACCGAUAGUGGCGCCCGACAAGAGACGUCGCAUCGCCCAAGCCUGCGACAAUUGCAAGCGCAGAAAGGAAAGAUGCGAUGGCAGCCGACCGUGCAGCAUCUGCAUCCGACGAAGAAGGGAAUCCGAAUGCCACUUUUCCGAGACGCCUGCUAGAUUGCUGCGUCCCCAGACUAAUACUGCCAACUCCGGAAGUCCUGGCAGUGUUGGUCAAGCGUCUCCUUUGGUCAACGCGUCGAGGAAUCGUGGUGGGAGUAACGCGCCUCUACCGCCGCAGUUCCAGCAUAAUGAUGUCGCCGCCCGUACAAGUAUCGCCAGUCUUGGCGCCAUAUCUGACCCUUCGCCGGCUAGUAUCGCAUUAUCUGGAAACCUGAGCGAUACAAGUCAAGCGGAGAUGGCCAUUGAUCGUAUCCUGAAUGCCAGUGUCGACCAGCGGGGUGCUAGAGCCAAUGUUGAGUCUAAUUCUCGACCAGAGUCUGUCGCACCAGUACCUAGACUUGCGCGACUGCUUCGCGAUACUCAAGGCAAAUUCAUGUAUGUUGGCGACUCUGCCAGUCUCUCCUUUGUUCAAAGUGUGAGGCGCAUGGUCUCAUCAGCCAUUGGCGACUGCGACUUCACUACCGACCCCCUACGGCAUCAGAUCGUAGAAACAACUCCUGCAGGCUCUAUGCAGGCACCUGACAUGUCACCUCUAGAUAUUAAUCUAGAGGAAUGUCACCGACUGUCUCGACAGUAUCUCCUCGCGACCACUGGGCUCAUUGACCUGUUCGAUAUCCCUACCUACUACCGCUAUCUGAACGAAUGGGUCGUCGACAAAGCCCGUGACAGCAAUCUCAAGUCUUCUAUCUUCUACAUGGUUCUUGCUAUCGGUGCGCAAGUUUCAUCACCAGACGGCGACCAAAAUCUUGCGGAAAAGUAUUUCAAUCGUGGUCGGCAUAUGGCUGUUAUGACCUUCACCGACGCGCCUAGUCUCUUAACUAUCCAGGCCUACCUCUGUAUAACCAUGUAUAUGCUGGGUGCAUGUCGUAGGAACGCCGCGUUCAUGCAAUUUGGUAUUGCAGUCAGAGCCGCAUUCGCUCUUGGAAUGCACAAGAGCAGCACACACGCACUAUUUGACGAAACAGAAGCAGGGGCAAGGCGCAGGAUCUGGAAGAGUGUGCGUGUACUUGACAUCUUUUUGAGUGCGUCGCUCGGCAGACCACCAGCCACUUCUGAUUUGUCCAUGGAAAAGGAAGGCGACGCUACCGUCGAAGAAACACAAGCAGCAUCUGCAGAUCCCUUCUCAGGCAAGGUGCUUGCUCUUUGCGAUAUCUUCGAGCGCAUCAUAAUCGAUGUCUACAUGAAGAAAGCCGUCUCUACACGUCUAGCAGACUUAAUAUCAGGUCAAUAUCGAGACUGGACGAGCGAUCUUCCAGAUUCGUUACAAUUGGCAAACCUGGACUCCAGCGAGGAUGAUCCGGAGAAGCUGUCGAAAGUCCUGGCUGCCAGCUACAUCAUAAGCUCUUAUCAUUGGUCCAUAAUCCUGCUUACGCGACCCUUCUUGACUUUCCAAAUCAUCAAAGAUAUGAGCAGAGCUGGACAAGACUUGGAAUUGAACGAUCAAGUUGACCAAUCAUCAAUAAAGACAUAUGCGGACGCCUGCGUGGAUUCGUCGCUUAGAUGCCUCAACAUCGCUCAGACCCUGAUGCGCUACUCGUCCCUUCCUCAUCGCCUCCCCUUCAUCAUAAACUCGGUCUGUAACUCGGCACUCGUUCUGGGUGCCGCAACAUUCGCAGACCAAGACAAAUUUCUGCCACUCGAGGACGGCUUGCUUCAAGGCAUACAGAUUCUCAAUCACUUUGCACAGUGGGAUCCACAUGCGGCCCGCUAUGCUCAAAUCAUCACAUACCUCCAAGAUGCCACAAUCAAGUAUAUUCGUCAACGAAGCCAGAAAUCUAUGGAGUCGAGGAGGAGCAACGUCACUAAGCUCUUUGGGACAAUUGGUCAACAAGCAGGUGGCGCUGAACAAAUGCUACAAGACCUGCCACUUGGCCUCACUCCUACCCCCAAUAAUCUUGAUCUCGGAGAUCCUCUUCAGGCCAUCAAUGUCGAUCCUUCAUUAUACAACAGGCCGGCAUUGAUGACGGAUCUGUAUCCUCUGAUAAACAAUCAAGGAGCUUUGCCUGGCUUGCUCGAUGGUGGUUUUUAUCAGCAGCCACAUGCUGACAAUGGUCUCAUGGCUGAUGGAUCUGGCUAUCAAGAUGACGCUUACUACUUUAUGGAUCAAGAUCUGUCAAUGUUUGGAUUUUGCUGAGAUAAACCAUAUUUAUAACGCUAUCCUAACAAGGCCAUCUGCUCGCUCGCAUCUGCCCUGUAUUGCAAAAACAGCUAGAUUGUG